UGGGACUAAACAUUUGUUUUCUGUUACCUUUGAAGGAAUAUUCCCCUAAAAAUAAAAACGAAAAACAAAAACAGAAAAACCAAAUCAGCCCCGUGUGUUGGACGAGUGGGCCACGCAGGAAUGUAAAUUUGGGUAACCACCAACCAUCACAAAGCUUCAAUCUCUAUGGCUUCGUAUGAACAACAAGGAAGGCCUUUACCCAAGUUCGGGGAAUGGGAUGUGAAUGAUCCUGCUUCAGCUGAAGGAUUCACUGUUAUAUUCAACAAGGCCAGAGAUGAGAAAAAAACUGGUGGAGGAGGAUCGGGCCGAAUUACGUCCCAGCGAAGAUCUAAUUCGCGCAAGGAUGAUGAUAAAUCUUCCAAGAGAAAGUGGUUUUGCUUUAAACCGUAGAAGACAGAAAAGGAUGUGUGUUCUGCUGCUUAAAAGAUAUAUUGUGUGGUGAUUCCUUUCAGUUUUCUUCUGAGUUGUUCUGAGGCCUCCUCUAUUGCCAAACCACGGAUUAGACAUGAAAAACAAAACAAAUAAUCGUUGUAGUUUCUAGUUUUUUUUUUGUUUUGUUUACUUUUGUUUUUUCUUUGCCACCUAAUACAUAUCAUGGAUCUAUCUAGCUACUUGUAAUAUCUUCCAGCCAAAAGUAAUAAUAUAUAUGUAAAUAGGUGAAACAAUAACUUCGCUCUGCAAAUACAGAAAUCAGAUAUGUUGAUUCUUAAUACAUUCUUCGUGUUUAUGUGCUAA